CUAAUUUUGACGAUAUUUUUGACGAAAAUAAUUCGAGAAUUAAUUAUAUCUUUACAAUGUGUCUGCUAGUUGACACAUACUUAGUUAAUGUCUCCGUGUCGAACUCGUCUUCCGUCUGCCGAUCUGCAUGAUCUUUACCCGAUCCGCACAGCAAUAACGAGGCCCGAACAUAAACUUGUAUUUUGGCUUAUCUUAUGCAUAAUUAAUGAAAUUAAAUCCUCCGCGUCACUUGACUUGAACUUGGGCGCCACCGGCAGAAGCAGAAGCAGAAGCAUCAUCAUGCUCCGCUGCCAUCAGUAGCAUAUAAAAAGCAGCCAGAAGUUCCACAACGAUAUCAGUAAGCCUUCUCAAGUCUUCCAAUCAACAACAUGAAAUUCUUCAUUGCUUUCGCCUGCCUGUUGGCCGUGGCUGUUGCCAACGAAGAUGCCGGUGUCCUCCGCAGCGAGCAGGAAGUUAAUGUGGACAACUUCAAGUAUGCGCUGAAGCUAGACAAUUCUGUGGAUGUUGAGCAGGCUGGUCAGCUGCAUGGUGAGGAGUGGAAGGUCAACGGACAACAAGCCUGGACUUCUCCCGAGGGCGAGCAGGUGUCCAUCGUUUACGUCGCUGAUGCGAACGGCUACCAGGUGCUGUCCGCCAACCCACCACUGCACCCCCCACCAAUCCCAGAGGCCAUCCAGAAGGCCCUGGAUUGGAUCGCUGCCCACCCCUCCAAGGAUGCCUAA